UAUAAAAAGCAGCAAAUGGAUUUAAUCAUUGAAUUCACUCAAGAUGCUGAGGAAAGCGGUGAUCGUUUUGGCUUGCUGCACUGCAUUAGUCUGCGGUGGUACGUCAGCAGUACGUCAAGUCCAACCACAUGAGGUUGAGCCUCGAGAAUCAAACAGGGUCGAUGGAGGAAUUCCUGUUGCUCUCGGAGAUUUUCCGUGGCAUGUCACAAUUGACGCCAAUGAUGAAAAUAUUCAGUUGUGGGUAUUCAGGUGUGAAGGCGCCAUCAUCUCAAAUCUAUUCGUCAUUGCAUCUUAUUAUUGCGGAUCACAACAAGGGGAAGAAAUCCGCGUAGUAGCCGGAUAUGUAGAUAAGAAUGUACCGUUCACUGGCCAGGUUUCCUAUGUGAUCGAUACGAUUGUCAGCCCCGUCAAUUACGUGGCCCUCCUGAAACUAAGCGCUCCAAUCGAAUUCACUCCUGACAUCGGGCCUGUUAUGCUGCCCCCUGCGGACGCCACAUCCGAUCCAGGAACCGGGAUGAUUGUCACGGGUUGGGGCGAAGGUAAUCAGGUAGACCAAAUCAUGAGGUUGGACAUUUUCGUUAUAUCUUUCCUCUCGUGCAACUCCUUUCAUCCAGAAGUAGACUUGACUAAUAUUCUCUGCGCUGGAGCUAGCAACUCUGAAAUAGGCAUGUGCUCUAACAGAAACCCUGGCGCCCCUCUGGUUUACAAUGGCGAGUUGCGUGGCGUCUUUUUCUCUCAAUACGAGCCGUGCUAUAAUUAUUAUCCUGCAUUUUACGCCGACAUUCCCCGAUAUCGCGACUGGAUUCAGCAGAUCGCUGGCGUCUAAAGCUGUAACGAGGAGGAUUAAUAAUAAUUUCAAUAAAUCUGAAGUUGUUUGAGAAAUUAUUAAACAGGAUUGUGUAACUCAAUAAAACC